UUAUGAUAAAAAAUAAAUGUUUUUUUUGGAAAUUAGGAAAUUGACAGCUCACAGUUUAAAGCCUUCUCUGACUCUGCUAAUCUCCGACUUUCAAAUCCCUAGUCCUACCUCUCUCAACCCUCGUCUUCUCCGAUUCUCUCUCUCUCUCUCUCUCUCUCUCCUCUUUCUCUCUCUAGUUUCAACUGUUUUCCCCUCUGCUGAAGCGUGAAUUUCAUAGAUUAGUGGAGUUGCAGGAAAAAAAAAUUAAAAUAAUGCCGGACUUUGGGGAUGAAUUCAUCAUAGAAAGCUACAAAGUUCCAUGGCUGAUAUGGAUCCAGCUUGUUAUCACGGUUCUAAUCAUCAUUAUCCUCUUUUUCGGGUUCAGCAUCUUUGCUUCAGACACCUCGUCCAGCUCCUCCACCGAUUCGCCGUCUAAUAGCACCGCCGCCGCCGCUGCCCCUCCGCCCAAUCUCAUCAGACCUAAUUCCCCCCGCGGAAGAAUCAAGGUGGAAGACCGGAGAGUGAGGGUGGAUGGAGAAAUUAGUGGAGUGGAAGUAGAAAACCAAACCGGAGAGGAGUCUUCUUCAAUUAAGGAUAUCACGUUUUUCAGACAACCGAAUCACCCUUGCAACUUCAUUGAACAAGCCAAACGAGCAUUUCUCAAGUGUUUGGGCCUCAAUCCUGCCCCUGACCACGAAAAAGAAGACUAAAUGGGGAUAGUGUAAUGAUCCCUUCAGAUGAUAAGUAGAUGAGGAGGAGUAGCACAUACUUCGGAUGAAGAUUACACGGAAGAAGCCAAACGGGCAUCGAUGCGAAGGGCAAAUUAGGUAUUGAAUUUUAUGUAGAUAAUGCACUGUUGAUGAUGUAGAUAUGAACACCAAGCUGGGCUAUUCUUGUCUACUGUGUUAACUCAUUGUUGUCUACUGUGUUAACUCAACAAUCCACUAAUGCUAAUGGCCUCCAUUUUUUA